GAGUUAGUUUUCCAGCGCGUGGUUGGCGUUGUAUCGACGCAGGCUGGAUACACUGGAGGAAAAACAGAAAACCCUAAGUACGCAGACGUGUGCUCUGAAAAGACGGGACAUGCAGAGGCAGUUCGAGUCAAGUAUGAUCCCAAGCGAGUUAGCUCUGUCCCGGCCUGUCGAUGUUCCUGUAAAGCAAUGGUUUUUCAGCUGAACAGGCAGGGUAGUGACUUUGGAACACAAUACCGGUUGAACGGAAUCUAUUAUCAUGAUCUUGUCCAGAAAAAGCAAGCUGAAACAGUAUCUUACAUGAUGGUAUGCUCCAUGGGCUGA